CUAAGCUGCCUUUGAGCAUCGCCUCUGCCUCUUUCCACCAUGACCGCUGGUUCAUCUGGCACAUCUGACAUCCCGAGCGGUUCAUUCUCUCCUUCGGACAGCGCAGCCGUUAUAUCGCUGCCAUCGCGAUCCGUUUCGCCGGACAGUAUGGAAAUGCAGGAGAACCUCUUUAUGUCGGCGGCUACGAUGUCCAAAGAGGAUGAUGCCGACGACACAUUCCGCUUCCGUUAUGCACAGCCAUCACGCAGUGCAGAAUUCUGGUUUGAAGAUGGCAGCGCCGUCAUCGAGGUCGAGAAUACCUUGUAUAACGUACACAGAUCGAUCCUGAAGCGCCAGUCAAAUUUCUUUCGGGAGAGCCUACCUGGACAAUUCUGCACUUUCAAUACUAUAUCCGGCACAUCGCCUGCUGGAACAUUGCAGCAGCCUCUUGCUCUGGGUGUUACAAAAUUGGACUUCGAGCUUCUGCUGCAGUUAAUUUAUCCAUCGGACUAUUGGUCCCAGCACAGCUUCACUGUGGCACAAUGGCUCCGUAUAGCGAGAGUUGCCACAGUCCUCGAAUUUCCAUCCGUCCGGAAAGCCGCGCUAGAGAAUAUCUUCGAAGACUGUGGUGCUGUCGAGCUGAUCAGUCUUGGAAAGAAGCAUGACGUUCCCGAGUGUAUCUCUUCCGGAUUCCGGAUUCUUUGCCUUGCGGAGGAACCACUCUCGUUGGCAGAUGGAUAUACAAUUGGCAUGGAGCUAGUCAUUCAGAUUGCUCGUGCGAGGGAGCUUCUUGCUAAGGGAUGUAAAUGGUCUGAUAUAGAACUUGAUUUUGUGUUUUGACCACGGGUUUCGAGCUACACCCCGAGUUCUGCAUGUACCUACCUGAUCGCAAAUUUGUACCACAUUAAGGGCACUCUCGUGUAUUAUAUAUAGACUUGUUUCUGCGUCCG